UGCCUUUCAUUUCCAUUCCACAAUUUUCCUUCUGCCCAAUUAUAUUUCUUCUCCUCUCCUUCUCCUUCCCCAAACCCCAACGUAGUCUGCUUCUUCAAUCCUUCUUCCUUCUGCGAGAUCAUGGAGAUGGAACGCAUGAUCGAGUUUCCUCACACACAUCUUGAUCGGAGGCCCCGUAAGAGGGCUCGUCUGGGCUGGGACGUUGUCCCUGAGGCCCCUAAGGCUCAGGUAGGAAUAUGUUGUGGACAAGAGAUUGCGAAUAUUCCAAGCUUUGCAUCUACAAGAGCACCAUCAGAUCAUUCUUCUAAUCCACUAUUUGUUAAGGGAGUGGCACGAAAUGGUUCUCCCCCCUGGCGAGAAGAUGACAAAGAUGGGCAUUACAUGUUUGCGCUUGGAGAAAAUUUAACUUCUCGCUAUAAAAUACAUAGCAAAAUGGGAGAAGGUACUUUUGGGCAAGUGCUGGAAUGCUGGGACAGAGAAAAAAAGGAAAUGGUUGCAAUUAAAAUUGUGCGUGGAAUCAGGAAAUAUCGUGAUGCAGCUAUGAUAGAAAUUGAGGUGUUGCAACAACUUGGAAAGCAUGAUAAAGGUGGCAACCGUUGUGUACAAAUACGGAACUGGUUUGACUAUCGUAACCAUAUCUGUAUUGUGUUUGAGAAGCUUGGGCCAAGCUUAUACGAUUUUCUACGGAAAAACAAUUAUCGCUCCUUUCCCAUUGACCUAGUUCGUGACAUUGGCAGACAACUGUUGGAAUGUGUAGCAUUCAUGCAUGACCUACGAAUGAUACACACUGACUUGAAGCCAGAGAAUAUAUUGUUGGUCUCUGGAGAUUAUGUGAAAGUACAUGACUAUAAGAAUUUAUCUCGAUCACCAAGGGACAGUUCUAACUUCAAAAGAGUGCCUAAGUCAAGUGCUAUAAAGGUGAUUGAUUUUGGUAGCACUACUUAUGAUCGUCAAGAUCAAAAUUACAUUGUAUCUACACGGCAUUAUCGAGCACCAGAGGUUAUUCUUGGCCUUGGAUGGAGAUUUCCUUGUGAUAUAUGGAGUGUUGGCUGUAUCCUUGUUGAACUAUGCUCGGGUGAGGCUCUGUUUCAAACUCAUGAAAACUUGGAGCACUUGGCAAUGAUGGAGCGAGUCCUUGGUCCAUUGCCACAGGAAAUGUUAAAGAAAGUAGACCGGCAUGCAGAAAAAUAUGUAAGAAGAGGUAGAUUAGAUUGGCCAGAAGGUGCAACAUCGAGGGAUAGCAUCAAGGCUGUUCAAAAGUUGGCUCGAUUACCGAACUUGAUAAUGCAGCAUGUGGAUCACUCAGGUGGGGAAUUGAUUCAUCUUGUGCAAGGGUUGCUUCGAUAUGAUCCCUUACUUAGACUAACUGCUCGUGAAGCUUUACGGCACCCAUUCUUUACAAGGGAUUCCUUGAGGAGAUAGUAGAGGAUAUAUGUUGACUCUCAUUAUUAACUGUGACUGGCAUUCAAGUCUUUUACACUGUUCUACUUUCUUCUUCAUGCAACUGUAUAGCUGUUGGCAGGCAAUGGGGGUGAGCCUGUUGAUUGACGAUGCGGGCUGAAAAGGAGCAGUAUAUCUCUGUGAUGUUGUAAAUAUAUAUGCUUACUUCAAGCAGAGUUUUGCAAUGGUAGCACAAGUUGCUUAAGAUUGCACGUGAUUCUUAAUGGGUGAAUUGUUCAGUAAGAUAGUACACUAACUUAAUUUUUUUACAACAUUUGGCUGUACGGUAAAUGUUGAAAUAUGAUGGUUGACAGACAUAUAUAAUAUUGAUGACUAUUGCAGAGUA